GUGAAAGAGAAGCUAAAGAACAUGGGACCUUUUCAGCCUAUGAACAUAUUUUUGCGACAAGAGAUUGAACGAAUGCAGAGAGUUAUUUCUUUAGUGAGAAGCACUCUGACUGAUCUAAAACUCGCUAUUGAUGGGACUAUUGUUAUGAGUGAAAAUCUGAGGGAUGCUUUAGACUGCAUGUAUGAUGGAAGGAUUCCUGCUAGCUGGAAAAAAGCAUCUUGGGCUUCCAGUACACUUGGUUUCUGGUUUACUGAGCUUCUAGAAAGAAACCACCAAUUUUACAAUUGGAUUUUUGAAAGCCGACCAAACUGCUUCUGGAUGACAGGGUUUUUUAAUCCUCAAGGAUUUUUAACUGCAAUGAGGCAGGAAAUAACAAGGGCUAACAAAGGAUGGGCUCUUGACAGUGUAGUGCUGUGCAAUGAGGUCACUAAAUGGAUGAAGGAUGAUAUCAAAAGCCCUCCUUUGGAAGGUGUCUAUGUGUAUGGGCUGUAUUUGGAAGGAGCAGGUUGGGACAGAAGAAACAUGAGGCUGACGGAAUCUAAGCCCAAGGUGGUCUUUGAGAUGAUGCCAGUUAUAAGGAUAUAUGCAGAGAAUAACAAUUCAAAGGAUCCACGUCUGUAUUCAUGUCCAGUCUACAAAAAGACCAUUCGAACACAUAUGAAUUACAUUACUGCUUUGGAUCUUAAAACCCUUCAGCCACCAGAGCACUGG